CACUGAAUCGUAAAAAAGUAAAAAGAGAAGCAACAGCGUGAGGUGUAAAUAAUGUAAGACAAUGCAAUAUUGUAAAAACAAUCAGCAAUUGGAAUCAGUGUGCUCGAAUCAAGUUCGAUUGGAGCGGCGGAAAAGUGAUUGGCAGUUCGCAGUCCGCAACGCAGUUGUGGAAAACCCAGCACACCCACACACAGCCAGAGUGCACACACAUAUUAACUGAUGAUUUUCGUCUACGUUUCAAUUCGAUUUUCGGAAAUUUCACCUUCGCGUUGCUGUUUUUCGGCUAUUUCAAACUUGUUUUCAGAUGUGCGCGCCCCGCCCCCCAACUCCCGCCCCUUUCGUUCCGCUGGCAAGCCGCUCACUUUUUAACUUGCUUACGUAUUACGUUCGCGAGCCAAUUCGCAGUGUAAACCGUACAUUACAAACGCAAAAUCUCGCAUAAUUCCACGCACAUUACUAGUCCGCCGGCCUCCAGUUUCCCCGCUAUCUCCUGAAUUUGUCGUAUUGAAAUCGUGUGACGCCAAAGAGCAAUACGGAUCGGUGGAAAGUCGUGAAAAGUGCAGGGAAACCCAACCAAAUGUGUGUCAAAGAGGAGCAGCAGCAGGUGUAAAUGUAGUGUUCUAAAGCGCUGCAAUCCUGUGCGUGUGUGUGUGUCGCAAACAUAUGGCAGCAAAUAAAUAUUAAUCGCACUUGAUAUUUUCGCCAUACUCCGCAGAUUGCAGACGUAUGCUAACGCCAAGCAAAAGUGACUAAGUAGUAGUAGGGUCUGCAAAGUGUGCCAAGCAAUCCAACCCAGAACCAUUUCCAAUGACAAAUGUAACAACCGAAACACACCAGCCGCCCUGAGGAAGCAGAAGAAAGUUUUCCGACCCACCACCACCCCCCGAUUUUGUAUCGUUUCGUUUUCGUUUACUUUUUAACCCUCCGCUCGAGAACGUGGUUUCUUUUGCGACGUGCAAUACUCUGUGGCAGAAGUCUUGCAUCGUUCCAAAAGAGAGCAGCACGUGGAGCGACGAGCACGGCCGUACAAUACCCAAAUCUUUGGCCACCAAGCUGCAGCGUCUUAAGGCCAAGGCGUCUGCGAGCCAGCACUACGGCGGCACCUAUCGCAAGCCCUCGUCCGCAGCGUCAGCGUCCAUCGGCAGCCACAGCGAGUGCAGCGACAGGAGCGUAUCCGCUGCGUUCCACGGCGGGUACAGCCAUCAACGCGGUGGCGCCGCCGAGGAGCCCCACUUUGCUCUGGCGGAUGUGGCCGAGAAGUCAUAUCAAAGCAGCAGCAGCAACCACAACAACAAUUAUCAAAAGUCAAACCACACCAGUGCCAAUUACAACCACGCCAACUAUAUCAACCACCCACAAAGCGCCACCACCAACCUGCCUUAUCAGCCCAACAGCAAUACCAGCCCGAUGAUAAUGACCAAACAGAAGAAUUCGCUGGCCGAGCGCCUCAACAUCGGCGAGGAGGUGCGGGAACUGAAGCUGGGAGCAACCUUCAACCCGAAGAACACCUCGACCGCCUUUCACACUAUCAAAUAUGACUUCAAGCCAGCGAGCGUGGACACCAGCCGCAUGGCAUCUGUGGACGUCGGCUCCAACAAUCAAGUUACUGUUACCGUGCCAAAUUCAGAAAGUUCCGGAGUGCCUCAUACAGUUUAUAAGGGUAAUCAGAGAGAGUAUGCAAAGGAGUGUUUGAUGAUCUACGACAAGGAGACGGGCGCCAUCACAAUAGAAAAGCUAAAUCACAAUAUUCAAGUAAAGAAGACCAGGAACGAAGUCACCAGCAAGUCAGUUCAGCUGCCUGGUCACCAUGCUUCCGUGAAUAUGGGCCAGGGUCAGCUCCACAGUCAUGCUACGAACGGGACGGGACCAGGACCAAUUUCAGCACCUGGGCACGGCUCCGGAACGGCACCCAAAAUGGAGAACAGCACCAUGCGAAUCUCAACCAAGACGAAGGUUUCUACCGGCAGCCGCAGAAAUAAUAUUAUUGACUUCAAGCCGCGCAAUUCGCCAAUGCAACAGAGCUCACCAUCGCGUCCAGUGCCAGUCCACCGCAGCCCCCAAUCUGCGCCGGCUUGGGAUGCAAACAAUGCACAGCAGACUUUGCCCAGCAUUCCCUUGAUCACCGAUGACGAUGACUUUGGGUUGAGGGCGGCCCUACACAACAGCGGCCAUGCGAAUACUUCAGGCUCAUCAACUGGCUCCGCAACAGGUCAAACGGAUCUCGGAUCUAUUUCCUCGUCCUCUCACAUUGGCAAGCAGCGGCAGGCUCCCCCGCACGGCCACGGAAAGCGUCAGCAGAUGCACCAGCGCCAAAGCCCACCAAUGGCUCAGCAGCAACAGCCAUCGAUCUACGGGCGUGGAUACAAUGGCGGUCACAGCCACGCACAACAACAGCGGCAACGGAACUCGCCGCAGCAGCAGCGUCCUCCUGCUUAUGGCCACGGCAGUAGCAUGACCAUGGACUUAGACCCGACCAGGGAGCAUGAACUGACCUCGCAGUCCGUGGCGCAAGCGGCUGCCGCCUUGGAACAGCAAAUUGGGGGUGCUCUGAGUGCAUCGAGCUCCAGUUCGGAGUCGGAUUCCAGCGACAGUGACAGUGGCAGCGAUUCGGAUGACAGCACUGAGGAUGAUCGCCCCAUGGAGGCCCAGCAGCCAGUGUAUCAGAAUCACAACCACCAACAACAGCAGAUGGCGCAGCAACAUCUUAAUCAGCUGCCCAACCUGGGCCUUGGCUCCAUAUCACCAGCAUAUGGAAGCAAUCAUCAACAGCAGAUGGUGCCCCAUCAACAGCAGCAGAAGCAACAGUCCGGCAUUUAUGCAUCCAAUGGUGGCUUUCCAAACGAUUUGCUACAAAAUGAUCUGCAGUUGUCGUCAAAUUCGUCCGACGAUGACGAUGAGUAGCUAUUUGAAGUUUGAUCUUAUUUGCCUUCUUUUGACUAAACCAACGACAACAAGAGCAACAACAAUUAUUGAUAUUCUGUCUAUAUGCGUGUAAUUUGUAAUUACUGAGAAGUGAUUUUACUUGCUAGUGAAAUUUUUUUAAAUAAAUUCUUAGUUCUAUACCACAAUA